ACCUCUUUCUACAGUUUGGCGGGUACACACACAAACAGAAAGUCAGGAGCUCCCGUUUUGGAGAGAGAGAGAGAGAGAGAGAGAGAGAGAGAGAGCCAGAGUUUUAGAGCGAGAAACAAAAGCAAACGCUUUGAAAAACCGCAGAUAGGGAGAGAGAAAUUUAGAGAAACCGAACCAGAGAGGUACAGUCUAGAGAGAGAGACAGAGAGAGAAACCCCACUCUGCCUUUCCGUCCGAUCAAAUUCUCCGAUCACAUCUGAACAGUGUAGAGAGUCGUACAACACAGUUUUGUUUUUACCCGUUUUACCCUUUCUGUUUAGUAACUCCAAGUUGUACAGAAAACCACAACCCCAAAAAAAGUUUUCCAAUGGAACUGUACGGACGGAGCACGGCGAGGACCGGACCGCAGCCGGGUGAGUGGGCUCCGGCGACCGGGCCCGAAUCGGGCCUAGAAGAGUCUAUGCGGCGGUUGGAGUUGUGGAACAGGGAUUCUUUGUACCCAGAGCGACUCGGCCUGCCCGACUGUGCAUUCUACAUGCGAACCGGGAUAUGUGGAUACGGUACCAAGUGCCGGUAUAAUCACCCCCGUGAUCGCAGCUCGGUUGGGGGAGCUGUAAGAAUCGGAGGAGGGGAGUUUCCAGAGCGGCCGGGGGAGCCCGCAUGCCAGUAUUACUUAAGGACCGGGACCUGUAAAUUUGGUGCAUCCUGCAAGUUCCAUCAUCCUAGAGAUGCUGGUGUAUCCAUUAAUGUGCUAUCCAAUAGCUUGGGAUACCCGUUACGACCGGGUGAGAAUGAAUGCUCCUACUAUUUGAAAACGGGGCAGUGCAAAUUCGGUAUGACCUGUAAAUUCCAUCAUCCUCAACCAAGUGGCAUGUCUAUGCCAUCGCCUGCACGUCCUUUUUAUCCGACAGUGCAGUCUUCAUCUAUUCCUUCAAAUGAUCAAUACGGGGGAUCAAUGACCAGCUAUAGGACUGGAAGGCCUCCGCUACUGCCCGGCUCUUAUCCACCGGGUGCUUAUGGUCCUAUGAUGUUGCCCCCUGGAGUUGUUCCCAUUCAAGGUUGGAGUACUUACUCGGGACCUGUAAGCCCUGUAUUGUCCCCAGGUGCUCAACCAACAGUUGGAGUAGGUUCUGUGUAUGGAGUUACGCAGCUGUCCUCUUCUGCACCUGCAUUUGCAGGACCAUAUCCAUCCUUCACCUCUUCUGGUGGCCCUUCAAGUAGUGGUCAGAAGGAAAAAUUGUUUCCAGAGAGGCCUGGGGAACCUGCCUGCCAAUACUACUUGAAAACGGGGGAUUGCAAAUUUGGAUCGUCUUGUAGGUAUCAUCAUCCACCAGAUUGGGUGAUAUCAAAGACAAAUUGUGUCCUCAGCCCAUUGGGUCUUCCUCUACGUCCGGGGGUGCAACCUUGUGCUUUCUAUAUGCGAAAUGGGUACUGCAAGUUUGGCCCCACAUGCAAGUUCGAUCAUCCAAUACGAACAGUAAGAUAUAGUCCAUCAGCUUCGUCUCUCACUGACAUUCCAGUGGCUCCCUACAUGGUGGGGUCUUCUCUUGCUACUCUGGCUCCAUCAUUUUCCUAUGCAAGUUUGGAUCCCCAUUCAAGUAGAAUACCUUCAUCUGGAAACACUUUAAGUAGCUCGGCUGGUUUGAUUUUUUCACAAACGGUGUCUGCACCAUUUUCCAAUGUUCAGCUGUCUGGUCAGAGUUCUAGCCCUUUAAGCCUUAGUAUAAGCAACAGACAAGGUGAUGAAGUUCGCCGUUCAAGCUGAAACUAAACCUGAAAAAAUCCAUUCAUUUCCGUUUAAAUAUGGAUUCGCCAACAUCUCUUUUAUUCUUAAACUCGGGAAGCUUUAUAUGGUUGCUGUGCAGAGUUUCAUUUGUAAUUGUCAAGGUUGAUUAUUGUCACUGUUGGUUACUUUGUACAUACGGUACCUCUUGCAUUGCCUCUGAUCAUUUGUGUUCUUGUAGUCUCCUAAGGCAUCAAUAUCAACUCAUAAAGCUAAAAUGGGAAAUCCCUUGCGAACUGUUCCUCCUCAUUAUCAAGAAGAAGAAAACCAUUUCCAUCA